AUGUCCAACGAUUUGCUUCUUGCAGAAGGACCCAUUGCGCGGAGUGAAACGUCGGACAUCGCGCCGAAGAGCACGCGGUCCGUCGCGGGUGUCGCGCGCGUCGCGUCGGACACCGCGGCCUCCCAGGGCGCGGGGACAGGCGGCGGAACGGGCAGGUCGGCUGCUGGCACGCGCCAGAGACAGAGGGAGCGAUACGGAUUUUCUCUCGUCCUCCUCACCCGCAACAGACGGUUCGUGCAAGUAUUUGUGCUGGGUUUGGGGGGUCAAUCAUGGGUGCAGAGGGGGUCCUUGCACCCACAGGGCACGACCCCUGCACCCCCCCCUGCACCCCCCGGGGAAAAGGGGUGGGGGGGGGGGGUGCAGACGUGUCGCGUCUACCAACACAGAGAUUCACCAGAGGUGUGGGUGGCGCGGUGUGCUUACACCAUCCCAGAGGAGUAGCUGCUUCGUGAUUGGGCGAAGCAAUUGGUGACUCUGGCUGACCCUGUGCGGGGUCCUGUACUGUCUGGACUGCUGGCAUCGGAGCUGCUGGCUGCACCACUCGGAAGGACCCUGAGCUCUGCCCCCUGGAAGGACCUCUUGGCAUGGCCCCUCCUCCCUCCUCCCAUGCAUGCAACUGGGCUGCCUGCUGCAGUUGUAGUGGUGAGCGAGGCGGUGCUGAGGGCAGUGCCAGUCGCCCUCUAUCUCCUCUACUCGGAGGCCCUUGCCCCCGACCUCCUCAGCGCCCGUGCCUUCCUGCCGGUCCUGAGUCUCCCACCUCUCACAGGCCUCAAUCCGCAGCUGCAGACGUUGACGAAGCCACCGGCCUCACCCAGCAACAUCUAUACAUAG